CUGUAUCGAAUUCAGACGUUUUUGCGGAACUCGAGAGGGAGCAGUACCACGUCUGACAAUGGGUUUGGCCUAGUCGUGCAGCAACUCAAGUCAUGUAUUGUUUACUUACUUUGGCAAAGCGCUAUUCUUUAUGCUGUUCCUGGCGUACUUUCUAUGAAUACCGUUUAGAUACACUAACAGCCCGAGAGCAGGCGGGAAAAUAAAAUGAACCUCCAAGUAAAUAAGCACCCGGCCCAGCCAUGUUUGGCACAGAGUCCUCGCUAAGCAUGUUCCUGAAUACACUGACCCCAAAAUUUUACGUCGCUUUGACUGGUACUUCUUCCUUGAUUUCAGGACUUAUAUUGAUAUUUGAGUGGUGGUACUUCAGAAAAUAUGGCACUUCUUUUAUUGAGCAAGUGUCCGUGAGUCACCUGCGACCUCUACUGGGAGGAGUAGAUAACAGCUCCCCAAACAACUCCAAUACAAGUAAUGGAGAUGCAGACUCCAACCGACAAAAUGUGUCCGAAUGUAAAGUGUGGAGAAAUCCACUAAAUUUGUUUCGAGGAGCAGAAUAUAACAGAUACACGUGGGUUACUGGUAGAGAGCCUCUCACAUACUAUGACAUGAAUCUUUCAGCACAGGACCAUCAGACCUUCUUUACCUGCGACUCAGACCACAUCCGCCCUGCUGAUGCUAUAAUGCAGAAGGCAUGGAGAGAAAGAAACCCACAAGCGAGAAUAUCUGCUGCACAUGAAGCUCUGGAGCUUGAGGACUGUGCAACAGCAUAUAUCCUGUUGGCUGAAGAGGAGGCUACCACCAUUGUGGAAGCAGAAAAGCUAUUCAAACAGGCAUUGAAGGUGGGAGAAAGUUGCUACCGCCGCAGUCAGCAGCUCCAACACCAUAGCUCCCAGUAUGAGGCCCAGCACAGAAGGGACACAAAUGUGUUGGUUUAUAUUAAGAGGAGACUUGCUAUGUGUUCCCGAAAGCUCGGAAGAACUAAAGAGGCAGUGAAAAUGAUGAGAGAUUUAAUGAAGGAGUUCCCUCUCCUCAGUAUGUUCAAUAUUCAUGAGAACCUACUGGAGUCACUCCUUGAACUGCAAAACUACGCUGAUGUUCAGGCAGUUCUUGCCAAAUAUGAUGACAUUAGCUUACCGAAAUCUGCAACAAUAUGCUACACAGCAGCCCUUCUUAAAGCCAGAGCAGUGUCCGACAAGUUCUCUCCAGAGGCAGCAUCUCGACGAGGCUUGAGUACAGCAGAAAUGAAUGCAGUGGAAGCCAUACACAGAGCGGUAGAAUUCAACCCACAUGUACCCAAAUACCUCUUAGAGAUGAAAAGUUUGAUACUGCCACCGGAGCACAUCCUAAAGAGAGGCGACAGUGAGGCCAUAGCUUAUGCCUUCUUCCACCUGCAGCACUGGAAGAGGGUGGAGGGUGCACUCAACUUACUGCACUGUACUUGGGAAGGCACUUUUAGAAUGAUUCCUUACCCUUUGGAAAAAGGACAUCUGUUUUAUCCAUACCCAAUCUGCACAGAGACAGCAGACAGGGAGCUCCUACCAACAGUGUUUCAUGAGGUGUCUGUGUACCCGAAGAAGGAGCUGCCUUUCUUCAUUCUGUUUACGGCAGGCCUCUGUUCUUUCACUGCCAUGCUAGCUCUCCUCACUCACCAAUUUCCAGAGCUCAUGGGAGUCUUCGCUAAGGCAUUUCUCAGCACCCUGUUUGCUCCUCUUAACUUUAUCAUGGAAAAAGUGGAAAGUAUUCUGCCUUCUGGACUUUGGCACCAGCUCACACGAAUCUAAUAACAUGGAUUUGAACCAAAUACCCUGGUGCCAAGCUCAUAGGAACUGCUGUAGACAAACAGGAGAAUUCAGAGAACCAAAAGAGAAAGGGAAAAAGCUAUUUGAUGAUCUUUGUUCUACUCCCAUUUUUCAUUUUCUGAUGUAAGAAUUUUCUGUUUUUGAAAAAAGGGUGGGGGAAAAAAAGCUCUGUUGAAAUAAAAAGAAAAAAAUAAAGACUUCACAUAUAUAUUUUUUGUGAUUUCUGUGACUGGAUCUAAUUGAAUUCUAAUACAAAUAACAUUCACACAUGACCAAUAAACCAACCUCUGUCAUUUACACUUAAGACAAAAGUAUAACCUGUACAAGCCUUUAACAAGAAAAAAAUAGACUUUUUGUUGCAGUUUUAAAUGGAAAAGAUGAAUUACAUACUUCUUGUUGAUAGCCACAUGAUGCCGUUAUGUAAGAUGUGGAGUUUGGGAGAAAGACCAUGCCUGAAACUCCUGAAGAUAACCCUUCCACUAAUGUUCUGACAUUUUGCGACGCAUCAUCUCCCCAUCACUUCCCCAGUCUCCAUGACUUCACACUCCACUUCUGGAUCCAUCAUGAAGCAGGAUCCACCUUAGCCCAAUGCAGAAGCCUCUCAGAACUCCAACCCAAGGUCUCUGUGUUGCCUCACCUUUCUAUGGUUUUGCUUUCCUGUCUCAAAGCACAGAAAACACUUGCAAGUUUGUUGAGAUGCUUGAGGGCCACAAAAAAGUUAUUUGCUCCUGCAUAGUCCUCACAUAAUGUAAAUGUUUAACAUUUGUAUCCUGAGUAAUGCCUGGAGGUUUCUUCUAUCUCUGAUGUUUUUCUGUGAUAUUUUUGUUAAUUUGUUAUUGCAAAUUUCAAGUAACUUUGGUUUCUUCUGCAAUUGAGUACUUGUACUGCCACACCUAAACAAUACUGCAUU